UGACGGGCGCGGAAGUGGACUGUUGCCGAGGGGACGGGCCAGGCAGAUGCCAACAUGGCAGCGGUUGGGUCUGGUGGUUCCACGGCUGCGGCUGGGUCGGGGGCGGUCUCUGCGGGGGCGUUGCAGCCUGGGACCACGAGUGUUGCUCACCGACGCCUCAAAUACAUAUCCCUAGCUGUGCUGGUAGUCCAGAAUGCCUCCCUCAUCCUCAGCAUCCGCUAUGCCCGUACGUUGCCUGGAGACCGCUUCUUUGCCACCACAGCAGUGGUCAUGGCUGAAGUGCUCAAAGGUCUCACCUGCCUGCUGCUGCUCUUUGCACAGAAGAGGGGUAACGUGAAGCACCUGGUUCUCUUCCUCCAUGAGGCUGUCCUGGUGCAAUACGUGGACACGCUCAAGCUUGCAGUGCCCUCUCUCAUCUACACCUUGCAGAAUAACCUCCAAUAUGUUGCCAUCUCCAACUUGCCAGCUGCCACUUUCCAGCCUUCCCCGAGGUGCAGCCAAAGCCAUAGCUUCUGCUUCCGCCUCUGCCUCAGCCUCCGGGCCCUGCACUCACCAGCAGCCUCCAGGGCAGCCACCGCCACCACAGCUGUCUUCCCACCGUGGAGACCUCAGCAUGGAGCCCUUUCUGCCAAAGUCAGUGCUGGUGAAGUGAGGGCUGGCGGCAGUUGGGGGGGGCGACAGGGAGGGGGACUGGGUGGCGGGUGCAGGCCUCUGCUGGACCCAGGUGGGCAUCGGGGCCUGGCUCCUCUGGGGUUGGAAGUCUUCUCCGAGGUUAUUGAGACUUCAUUAUGGCAGGGCAUCACGUGAACCCUUCCUUAUAAGCUGACCCCCUGCCCGAGGGCUUUCUAGAACUGCCUCCUCUGCCUCUUCAGCUCUGUCUGGGGGCAGGGCUGGAGGUGUUUUCAAUCAAGGCCUUUUUGUCUGCCCUGUGUGAAGAUGUCCUAUCUCAUGGUGGGAGCAGGGCCAGCCCUCCAGCUUUGUAAGGAUAAGUUGGACAAAAAUCCUACAGCUUUUUAGUUAUGACUGAUGCCUACAUGUGGGGCAAUUUCCCAUAACUGGCGGCCUCCCUCCCAACCACUCUGGAUCACGUGAGCAGCUUGGCCUUUCUGUGGCCUUGGGGCAGCUAACCCUACACGGAGGGACCCUCCGACUGGGCCUUUUGUGAGUGGGUGUUCAAGCAGAGAGGAAGGGCAGGGGCAUCAGCCUCAGGGGAGGGUGCAGUAGAGGCCUUUUGUUUUUGCUUUUGUGUGUGUGGUUUGGGGGUUUGUGGUGUAAUCAGAUGAUGAUCCAGGGUGUGGGGAAAGCAAUGAGGAAAGACCCUUGGUUGCCGAAUCUCAAUGAAUCUAAGCUAGGACAGUCAGUUGCUGUGUGCAGGGUUCUCUGCAACGUCCUGAGAGGACAGGGAAGCUGCCAACCAUCCGAUAACCCCACCGGCCCUGUGAAGCACCCUUACUGCGUGGGAGGGCAUGUCUUCAAGUUGCUGAAAUGUGGAACCUACCCCUCGCACCUCCCAAAGCUUAUUAACCCCUUAACUGUCCCCCAGGAGUGUGUGUAAGCGUGCGUGUGCAUGGGAGCUGCCUGGGCUGUCUCUGCUCGAUGUAAAUAGGGCAGUCGGAUCUUUAUUUUUGAUUAAUUUGUUCUGAUUUUUUUUGGGUUUUCUAAGGAACUGUAAUGAACAAGUAUCAGGAUACCCAAUGCCAAAUAAAGAUAUUGUAUUUAUUUA